GCCUGCCCGAGAGCUCAGGCGCAGCGGGAGGUGCAGCAGGCAGCAGGGACCGAGGAGCAGGCGAUGGGGACCCAGUGUCCCAGACACCACCAGGUAAGAAGUCUGGGGUGUGAGGUUCUCGGGUGGGGCUGAAGGGCAGGAAGGGUGGGGCCAUGGUUCCCUCUGUCCAUCCUGAGCUCCUUGACUCUCAGCCCCAUCUGUCCCUGUCACUCUUCCCAUCUGUCCACUCUCCCUUCCCGUCUGACCCGGAGGGGGCAGUUCUGUCCUCUUAGCCCUCACCACCGGGUAUCAAGGAGUGGGUGGUCCUGGGUCAGCCUGGAGGCCUCUUGGGCAGAGGAGUGGGACCCUGGGGCAUCCAGGGUGAGGCAGCUGUGGUCAGGGGUAGGGCCUUAGUGAGAGACAGCAGUGGAACUCAGAGAUGGGAAUGCAGGGGACAGAAGUGGGUCUGUGGGGACAGAGAGGUGGUCAUGGGGACUGCAGUGGGACCAUGUGGAUAGAGACAGUGCGUUGGGGAAAGAGGGGUCCACAGUGGCAGAGGUGGAACUGUGGGCAUCACACAUGGGACUGGGGUAGAAGUGACAUGACUGUCAGAGAUGGGGCAGCGGGGCCUUGGGAUCAGAGAUGGGACCAGGAAUUCAAUGUGGUGUAAAUGGGAGGUGGGUCUGUGAGGCCCAGAGGCCGUGACAGGAGGGCUAGAGCCAGGGGGGCCACGGGGAGGCUGGGAGCAAGGGCUGGGAUGGUGAGAAGCAGAAAGGAGUAAGGACCUGGACAGCAAGAGUCAUUGGAAUUGCCAUGGGCCCUUCUGAGCUCUAAUGCUCCGAGAAGGGACCGUUAGCAGGUCCCAGCUCAACAGUGGGUGCUGUGCCUUGGGCCAGCCUCAACUUUCCCUUCUCUUCUCCCCAGCCCCACCCCAGUACCUGACAUGAACCCUUACGGGCCCCUCAACCUGAGCCUAGCGGGUGAGGCGACCACAUGUACAGCACUUGGGGCCCCCAACACGUCCGCUGGGCCGCCGUUGGGCCUCGGGGGCACCUCUCCAGCGCUGCCCAUCUUCUCCAUGACGCUGGGCGCCGUGUCCAACGUGCUGGCGCUGGCGCUGCUGGCUCAGGCUUCGGGCCGCCUGCGCCGCCGCCGCUCGGCCGCUACCUUCCUGCUCUUCGUCGCCAGCUUGCUGGCCACUGACCUCGCAGGCCACGUGAUUCCGGGCGCGCUGGUGCUGCGCCUGUACACAGCGGGGCGCUCACCCGCCGGAGGCGCCUGUCACUUCCUCGGCGGCUGCAUGGUCUUCUUUGGCCUGUGCCCACUGCUACUGGGCUGUGGUAUGGCGGUGGAGCGCUGCGUGGGGGUCACUCGGCCUCUGCUGCAUGCGGCACGUGUCUCGGCAGCCCGUGCGCGCCUUGCGCUGGCCACACUGGCCGCGGUGGCCUUGGCCGUGGCACUGCUGCCUGUGGUGCGAGUGGGUCACUACGAGCUGCAGUACCCCGGCACGUGGUGCUUCAUCGGCCUGGGCCCAGCAGGUGGCUGGCGCCAGGCACUGCUCGCUGGCCUCUUCGCUGGCCUCGGCCUUGCUGCGCUGCUCGCUGCACUCGUGUGCAACACACUGAGCGGCCUGGCCUUGCUGCGCGCCCGCUGGCGCCGCCGCUCUCAAUGGCAGCCCACGACCUCAGGCUCCGACAGCCGCAGGCGCUGGGGCACACGCAGACUACGCUCGGCCUCCGCCUCAUCCGUCGCUUCGGCCUCUGCUGUCCCCGGAGGCAUCCUAGGCCGUGACUCGGCGCGCAGAGCCCGCGUCCACGACGUGGAGAUGGUGGGCCAGCUCGUGGGCAUCAUGGUGGUGUCGUGCAUCUGCUGGAGCCCACUGCUGGUGUUGGUGGUGCUGGCCGUCGGGGGCUGGGGCUCCAGCUCCUUGCAGCGGCCGCUGUUUUUGGCUGUGCGCCUCGCUUCGUGGAAUCAGAUCCUGGACCCUUGGGUGUAUAUCCUGCUGCGCCAGGCCGUGCUGCGCCAACUGCUCCGCCUCCUGUCCCCGAGGUCCAGGGCCAAGGGCAGCCCCGCGGGGCUGGGCCUAACCAGAAGCGCCUGGGAGGCCAGCUCACUGCGAAGCUCCCAGCAUAGUACCCUCAGUCACUUCUAGACACACCUGGAAGCCCAGCAGCUAAGGUAGACCAUUCUGGCCCAAGCAAGGUCUGCAACGCAGUCUUCGAAAAAUAAAACCAUUUUGCCGA